ACCGCGCAUGCGCGGGGAGGAGCCGCGGGGCACGCCGGGAGCAGGUAUCCCGCCCAUGGCUGCUGCGGAAGCAACCAUCACAGUGCGCCUCAUCCGUUCGUUUGAACAUCGGAAUUUCAAACCUGUAGUAUAUCAUGGAAUCAAUCUGGAUCAAACUGUGGAGGAGUUUAUACUAUUUCUAAAGCAAGAUAUCCCUUUGAGGACCAGCCUGCCACCACCACUCAGAAAUUACAAAUAUGAUACACUCAAGAUUCUUCACCAAGCUCACAAAGCAAAGACAAAUGAGCUUGUGUUGGGCUUGGAGGACGACGAUACACUCCUGCUGAAAGAAGACAGAACGCUGAAGGACUCAGGAAUAGCCAGUGAAACUGAAAUUGCAUUCUUCUGUGAAGAAGAUUAUAAGAGAUACAAAGCUAAUCCCAUCUCGUCCUGGUGAAGGUGUCUGGAGGACACCUUUGCAUACCUUCAUUGCGCAAGUAACUUUUUCUUCUAAAUUGUCAAA